AUGAUGGAGAAUCAUGAUGUAGACACUGACAAAGAAGUCUCUUUCACACCAGUUCGUAAAAGACUGAAACGAAGAUCUUCAAGAGCCAUCUCACCUCAACAGAGCCGUAUGUUGAACAGCCCUGUUUUUGCAUCCAAUACCACUGCUGAUACUAAGAAUGAUGAUGUUGACGUGUCACUCACACUCAAAUCUUACACUGCAAAGACAGCUCCAAUCAAAAAGGGUCCCUUAAAGAAAAAAGAAUCAGAAUUGUCCGAAGAUAGUGAAGAGAUACAAUCAGAUGAGGAAUGUUCGUCAGAAAAAGAAGAGAAAUUAGACGAUGAAGAGGAAGAAGAUGAAGAUUACCAUGAAUCAAGUGAUGAUGAGGAUAUCAAUUCUUCUUCAGACAUGGAUGAUUUGACUGAUGAAGAGCCUGAGCUUUCUGCCGAUAGCAGUGAUCAUGAAUUGGAAGUCAAAACCAGAUCCUCUAAAAGAAAACACAGUACAGCUUCAAAGAAAAAGCCUCAAAGAAAGCCAUCCACUCUGCAAGAUUUAAACACACUCGAGAAUGGUUGGUCAUUCGAUGUAAAGAACAAUCAAUAUAUUUUAGAACUCGAUGGAGACCCAUUUGGAUUUAUGGUAUCAGCCAAAAUUUAUGAAGGCUUGUAUAAUCAGCAACAAAUUGGUUUGAAAUGGCUCAAAGAACGACACUUUGAUUCGAAUUUCAAUGGAGGCAUACUAGGAGACAAAAUGGGCCUUGGUAAAACUGUUCAAAUUUCAUCAUUCAUACAUGGCCUAUUUCUUUCAAAAAAAGCCAAACGUGUAGUUGUACUCUGCCCAAAUAGCGUAAUAGGUAAUUGGAACAAAGAACUUGAAAAAUGGUCUGAUGAUACCAUCCAGGAUGUUGUCGUAUUUCACAAUGUGGGAAGUAACAAGGUUCAAAACAGAAAAAGAAUCGGUAUGGUUGAGCAGUUCAACAGGGCCGCAAACAAUGGAGGUGCAGUUUUAAUUUCCACGCUCCAAACAAUAAGCAACCAUAUGGACUUUUUGAAGAAAGAAUUUGUUGGAGAUACCCUUAUUGAUUCAGUAAUUAUUGAUGAAGCUCACAAGAUCAAGAAUGCCAAAUCUAAGUGUCACAUGCAAAUAGCUCAACUUCCAAGCAAGUCUAGAUUUGCUCUUACAGGUACUCCUAUCAUGAACAGGUUGAAUGAAUUAUAUUCCCUCUUUUCGUGGAUGUUUGAGGACAAACUACUUGGUACUCUUAAAGACUUCAAUGAAAACUAUGCAAUUUCAAUUAACAGAUCCACCAAGAGAGACGCAAGGUCUGUUGAAAAGCAGCUAGGCAACAUUCGCGCUGACUGUUUGCGAGAGAAAAUUAAACACUACCUACUCAUGCGUGAAAAGAGUGAAACCUUGAAGGUAGAUAAUCAACUCUUCAAGAGUGACGUAAAAAAUUCCAAUACUUCAAGAAUUGGACAAAAGAAUGACUUGAUGUUAUGGCUUACUUUAACAGCUGAGCAAAUUCAAAUGUAUAAGGAUUACAUCAGUUCAGACGAAGUCAAGAGAGUACUCAACAGAACUCAAAAUCCACUUGCUGGUAUUACGAUCAUGAAACAAAUAUGCGACCAUCACAUCAUGUGCCGAGGAUAUAACGAAAUGCAAAAACAAAAAGAGCAAGCGUUGAAAGAAGCUGCCAAGGAGCAAGCUAUGGAAGAAGACCAGAGAGAUAUUGAAGAUAUGAAGGAUUUUAUCGAUGACGAAGACGAAGAUGCAAUUAUGGGCUCGGACUAUGGCAUUCUUGAUGCUGAUGAUCUUGAUGAAAAAACCAAGAAAGCAAUUGAAAGGAGGUUGAAAAAAGCAGAGGAGGAUCGAAUUUUGAAAUGUAUAAGAGAUGAGCCAGUGGAUGAGCUCAUUAACGCGAGUUGUAAAGUCAAAAUUGUCCAAGAUCUAAUUUUGAAAAACAGAGAGGAAGGGCAUCGUUUAUUAAUAUUCUCCUCAUUUACAAGAAUGCUUGAUACUAUAGCAAUUCUACUAAAUAGUUUGGACUUGAAAUUUAAUAGAAUUGACGGCUCUAUAACAAGCUACAAGGAAAGAACGAGAUUAGUAGAUGAAUUCAACUCAGAUGAAGAUAUUGAUUGCUUUUUACUGAGCACACUAGCAGGAGGAGUUGGACUCAACUUGGUUGGUGCCUCAAGAGUGAUCAUUAUUGAGCCUAAUUGGAAUCCACAGCUUUAUGAACAAGCGAUCGAUAGAGUCUAUCGUAUUGGGCAGCGCCAGAACGUUGUUGUUUAUCGUCUCGUCACAGCAGGUACAAUUGAGGAAUAUAUUUAUGGAAAACAAAUUCCCAAAAAUACUGUAACCAGAACGGCGACUGUACAGUCCAAUCAGUAUCGUUAUUUUAGUGACUCAGAUUUGCGAGAAAUGUUCACUUUGAAAGCUACCACUGUCAGUAACACAUGUAACAGGUUGAACAAAAUUCACAAAGAUGAACGCAAGGAUGCACCUGGCCUUGCAGAGCAUAUCAAAUUUCUUGAAAGUUUAGACGGAUUGGUAGGCAUUUCAGAUCAUGAUGUUCUUUUCCAAAAAGAAGCGGAUGACGUAAAUGAAGAUUUGGCUCUUCAAGAAGAACUUAAACGACAACAUCAACAAUCUCAAAUCAGAAAAGCCCGUGAAGAGUAUAUUCAACAAUUAAUAGCUGCUCGUGAAAAGCAAGAACAAUUAUUGGCGAAUAUUGGCCUUCCAGUGGCAAGUGACAGCCAAUCAGGAGAGUCUCCAACAUUAAGUAGCAGUACUGGCGCCGAAAUCAAUUCCAAGAGCUCACAAUCGACCUCUUCGCGGUUAGCUCUACAACAAGAUUUUGCUGAAUUUUCAAAGAGACUUCAGCUUCAACUUGAACGAGCCUUGAAGCAAAAAGAUCAAAGUCAACAACAACAGAAAUGGAUUUGA